GCGGGUUCCCUGGGCACCGACCUUGCAGCCGGGCAGGUGAAAGACUUGUUGGCCCGGGGGUCAUGGCGGGUCCUUAGGUGCUGGGGCAGGGCCUCCGGACAGGCAGGUCAGGGAGCGGUGGGGAGCCAGGUGAGGAGGAGGGCGGAAUGUCAGGUGGGUCUGCCGGCCGCGUGUCCGCCUGUUUAUUCACCUAAGAGCUAUUUCCUGAGCGUCACUGUGUCGCCGUCACCACCCGCGGAUGAGAUGUGCCACGUGGGGACGGAGCAGCCUCCCUGCACACUCACAGCUCGCACAAGGUGGCCUCCGAUGGGCGGACAGACGAGCACUGGUGGCAGCGUCCAGAGCCUGCUGUGCACCGCAAAUACAGACUGGAUGUCAGCGCUGUGCCCCCUGCUCCGGGACGUGCCCCUCCACCACCUCUCCAUCCCAGGAAGCCACGACACCAUGACCUACUGCUUGAACAAGAAAUCGCCCAUCUCCCAGACCCAGUCCCGGCUGCUGCAGCUUCUGGGCAAGGUCCUGCCAUGUGUGACCCGCCCCGUGGUGCUCAGGUGGUCCAUUACCCAGGUGCUGGAUGUCACGGAGCAGCUGGAUGCGGGGGUUCGGUACCUGGACCUGCGGAUCGCACACAUGCUUGUCGGCUCUGAGAAGAAUCUGCACUUCGUGCACAUGGUGUACACCACUGCGCUGGUGGAGGACACGCUCACGGAGAUCUCAGAGUGGCUGGAGAACCACCCCCGGGAGGUUGUCAUCCUGGCGUGCAGGAACUUCGAGGGCAUGACGGAGGACCUGCAUGAGUACCUGGUUGCCUGCAUCCGGAACAUCUUUGGGGACAUGCUGUGUCCCCGAGGGGACUUGCCGACACUGAACCAGCUAUGGUCACGCGGGCAGCAGGUCAUUCUGUCCUACGAGGAGGAAAGCGUUGUGAGCCGGCAUGGGGAGCUGUGGCCUGGGAUCCCCUACUGGUGGGGGGACCAGGUGAAAGCCCAGGAGCUCAUCCAGUACCUGGAGCACAUGAAGAGCUGCGGCCGCCCAGGCGGGCUGUUUGUGGCGGGUAUCAACCUGACGGAGAACCUGGCGUAUGUCCUCGGGCACCCGUCCCAGUCCCUCAGGAAGAUGACCCUCCCGAACCUGCCGUGCCUGAGCACAUGGGUCCGGGAGCAGUGCCCUGGGCCAGGCGCACGGUGCACCAACAUCAUCGCGGGCGACUUCAUCGGUGCAGACACGUUUGUGGGUGAUGUCAUAAGACUCAACGAGAAGCUGCUGAGAUGCUCACGUGUCCCUUUUGCAGCUCACGUGGAGUGCGGGCGGGAAGAGUGGGUCUGGGGCGGGGUCCCUGCCUCCCCCUGACAUCAGGGCAGCCUCGUUGGUGGCACCCGGCCUCACAGUUCUUCCGUGUUGCUGGGGUGGAUCGCAGAACACGCUGAUGAUCAACGGUGGUAUGUGCUUGCAUCCUGAGAGGAAGAACGACCCGGAACCUGGGGUCUGCUCCUGUAGGUUCAGCCCCAGCUGUGCCGUGGUUGCCGUGGGUCGUCCCUUCCCGUGGGGCCUUGAGGGCAGCAGGAUGACGUCCUGAUGGCUUCCUGGAGCCAUGUGAAGCCCAUCAUACCGUGUCUGUUGGGUAGGAGUGGGUGCACCACGCUGAGAAAACCACGAAAAUGGGGAAAACCUCCUUCUAAUUCUGACGGCAUCACGGCCCGUGUGUUUUCCCCGAGGACCAUGGGCCCUGUGGGGCUGGUUUCACUUUGGCUUCUCUGAUGGUAACUGAAGGACCCUUAGGGGCUGUUUGAUGGCGAGUGGUGUUGUACACAUGCUCCCUUCCACCUCCAGAGGCCUCGUGUAGCGCUCUCUUCAAGGAGGUGUGUGGACACAGGUGUGACGGGCAGCUCCACGCCCACGCCGGGGGCUGCUGUGGCAUCCUCGUCCUCACACCCCUCCCCUGGAGUGGCAAGUCUGUGCUCCUCCCAUCCCCUUCCUCUGCUCGGCACGUCAGCCCCGCUGGGAGGCUGCCUUCAAGCAUCUCCAAAAUGAAGCCGAUGGUCUGUGGUUUUGGCCGCCUGUCACUGGUCCCUUCUCCCAAGGCCACACUGGGCAUUUCUCACUUUUCCCAUAUCGCCAUUCCACGAUUUCUUAGGGUCCGUCCAUCUGUAUCUAUUUGCCACCCAUUUCUCACAGCACCAAAGACGUUAACUGUAUUUUCUUCUUUUCUGUGUCCUCAUGCUCUGGCGUCUGGGGACCAGAACGGUGAGACCGCCCCUCUCAGGGCUAGCUGAUUCCCACAGACAGAAACAACGUACUUGGGAGCACGCGUCUUCUGUGGAAAUGCAGCGCCCCCUCCUCCAACGCUCACACGCCACACUGACUUGGGUGCGCUCCGGAGCUCACGGGCUGAACCGAUUCUCGCGCUCCUCGGACACAGGGUGGGUUUGGUUCCAGCAAGAUCGCAGUAAAGCGAGUCAAAUGAGUUUUUUGGUUUUCCGUGCACAUGAACGUUAUGUUUACACUACCGUCUAUUAAGCGUGCAAUUGUAUGACACCUAAAGUGUGUACGUGCCUUAAUUAAAACAUACGUUAUUGCUUAAAAAUGCUAACCAUCUGAGUUGUCGGAGUCAUAACGACUGGCCACAGAUAACCACAACAAAUAGACUCAUAAAGAAGAGCUGGAACCGCAAUUACCAGAAUGGGAUGCAGAGACUGGAAGUGAGCAGAUACUGUGGGAAGAAUGGCGCCCGCAGCCUUGGCCAGCCUUCCAUUUGUAAGACACACGGUGUCUGGGAAGCGCCGAGAGGCGAGCUGCGCCUGAUUUCCCGCUACCCCAGUCUCCCGGGGCGGGGGCCUGUCACCCAGAGCCCGCCACCACUACUCACGCUGGACAACUGCCCCGAGUGCUCUCUCCCGCCUUGCCUUUCCCGUGGAAACCCUCACGCCCCAAAAGGGGUUUUCCUCGUGGCCUCAGGGGGCACCCGCCCCUGUGUGGGGAGACGGGAAUCAUUAAAUUCUUCUUUCGGUG